AUGGGAACAAUAUGGCUAAUAUCCGCGGCAUCGGACGACCAAGAUGACGCUCCCCCUUCGGACCCCCGCCUGGCAAAGGGCGGGAGGUUGAAUUACAUCAAUGUCGACUUCCACCUCCCGAAAGCUCGGUUACGACAUGCGCCCUACAACUUGAAGCCGUACAAGUAUGAUCCCAAGACGUCGUGUGGCCCCGGCCCGCCUACUCAGGUUGUCGUUACGGGGUUCAACCCGUUGAUUGCUUUUUCAAAAGUCACGGCUGUCUUUGCUUCCUUUGGUGACAUCGCCGAAAGCAGCAAUAAGAUGCACCCCGACACCGGCAGCUACCUGGGGUUUGCUACCUUUCGCUACCGGGAUUCGAAGCCGAGCCGCUCGCGCCCCAUCUCGAUCACCGGCGCCGACGCCGCAAAACGCGCCAUUCGAGCAAUGCACGGAAAGAGAAUCGAGGCGAAUAUGGUCCGUGUCGAGUAUGAUGCUGAGGGCAAGAAAAGCUCCCGCAUGUUGGUGGAGGUGCUACAAAAAGGGAAUGAAACGACACCAGCUUUGGGCGAGCCUAGGAUUCCGACGGGCCCGAAACCCAAAGAAGUCGCUCCUGGGCCCCCUCCGACCGCACCGAAGGGUCCCGCGGCGCACCGAGGCGGGUUGAUGAACGUCCAGGGUGUGUGGGUGCCAAAGCCCAGGCCAGAUUCGAUAAUAGAGGUCGAACCCGUCAUAGGCCACCUCAAACACGACCCCUACAUUUUCGUAGGCCACGAACAUGUCCCCGUCAUGCCUACCACGGUGGCCCACAUGAAGAGGCGCUUAAAGACCUACAUGUUUGAGGACAUACGGGCAGACAGGACCGGAUACUACAUCGUCUUCCAGGAUUCGGGAUAUGGCCGGGCGGAAGCCGAACGUUGUUUUCGGUCUGCUGACCGCACCGCUUUCUUCACUUACACAAUGGUGAUGGUCCUCCACCUUUAUGGGACCGACGGCAAGGCCUCGCAUGCGCAUGCCUCGGACACUCGGCGGCGCACUCGCACGCCAGAACGGAAGCACGUCGAUGAAGCUCGGCCCCACCGUGAACAUGACCGCAGUAGGCGUGACGAAGAGCGAGCACGGCGCGACGAACAAGACCGGCGGCGGCGGGAAGACGAGGCCGAUCUGGAGGAAGAAAAACGGCAGAGAGCGAAGAACUACGACCCGGUGCUGGAGGCUACGGAUGUGGUUCUCCGGGGGAUGAAGGAACAACUCAUCAAGAUCAUUCGUACCAAGAUUGCGGCACCCGCUCUAUUCAACUUCCUGGACCCUGUCAACCAUCUAGCCAAGCGACGCAGGCUCAAUCUUGAGGAUCCCCAUAGUGCCCGGCUUCCUCCGAUCGUGCUCGACGAAUUCGAAGACAGAUCUCCCGUCAGCACGCCGAAUUCAAGGGCGGAUCCCAUAGAACGGCGAACCGCUCGCCUCGACGUAUCUGCGCUGCCUCGUAUUCGCAAGGUCAAGAAUGCCGGGUUGAAUACCCGUAAGCAUGGGUUCAAUGACCCAUUUGCGCGAAAUCGACCAACGGCCCGGCGCACCGCGUUUCGAUCUCUUCAUUAUCGUCUGAGAAGCGACAGCGAGGGCGAAUCCGAGGACGAAGCCGAGAAUAGGACGUCGCUCGGCAGAGACACGGAAGAGCCUGAGUCCCGGCCUCGGAGCCGGAUGAGCUCGGACGACGAGGGUGAUAAGGAUGAUUACGCGUCCUGGGGCCCCGGAGAUGAUGACUCUAUGACAGAGGCCAGCUUUGCGCUUGGCGAUGGGCCGGGCCUGGCCAAGAAGAGGAAGCUGGAUCUUCAAGUCGAAACGGCUAUCAAACGGCAGAAGAAAACGGACGAGGAGCUUUUCGGGGUGACUAUCGAUCGCAUCGGAACCGAAUUUCCGUCUAGGGAGGAUUCUCUGGAGGAUGUUCUGCCCCCCGGGCCUGGAGGUGGCGAAGAGAAAGACAUCGGCAGCUCCCGACUGCCGACUCCUCUGCUUCAAGAAGGAAAAGCCAAAAAGAAGGCUCCGGCCAAGACCAAGCGGAAAUCGAAAAAGCAGCUUUUCGAGGAACGGGAAGCCCUCAAACGGCAGCAACAAGAGAUAUUUGAGAGGGAGGCCCUGCAAUCGGAGGACGUGGACGAGGUCAUACCCACGCCGGAACCCGAGAGCGAGCCCAAAAAAUCCAAGGUUGAGAAGGAGAAGGAGAAGGAAGAGAAGGUGGAAAAGCCGGCUCUUGAUGAGAAUCUCUAUCCGUCUCAAAAAGUCUCCGUGCUGGAGCUCCCUCAUGAUUUCCGUCUCGACGUGGGUUCUUUGGAGGAGUUGGCUCUUGGGCCGAAUGACCAGCCAGAUCUUGACCGGCUUCGUAAAAGGUUUGGCCGCGGCAAAAUCGAUGAUCCCGAACUUUGGGUCUGGCGGCGGGAUCGCAUUCGUGAACUAAACUCGACUGACGGAUCGGCAAAAACGCCGGUUCGAAUCGAGGGGUACUAUGUACCAAAUCCUACCGGCUGCGCCAGGGCAGAGGGGGUCAAGAAGAUCCUCAACUCGGAGAAGUCCAAGUAUCUCCCUCAUCACAUCAAGGUCAAGAAGGCUAGGGAGGAGCGCCAGGCACAAAACGGCAAGAAUGCGAAGGACUCGGUUCUUGCUGCCGCAGAAGCCGCGAGGCUAGCUGCGGAGAGCCUGGUGGCUAAGGGUAACUCCCGUGCCAACCGUGCCAACAACCGCCGUUUCGUCGCCGAUCUCAACGAUCAGCGAAAGACGCUUGGCCAGGACUCUGAUGUCUUGCGAUUCAACCAGCUUAAAAAACGGAAGAAGCCUGUGAAGUUUGCGAGGUCGGCCAUCCACAACUGGGGGUUGUACGCGAUGGAGAACAUCCCUAAAGACGACAUGAUUAUUGAGUAUGUCGGCGAGGAAGUUCGCCAGCAGAUUGCCGAACUCCGCGAGAAUCGAUACCUCAAGAGCGGUAUCGGCAGCAGCUACCUCUUCCGGAUCGAUGAUAACACGGUCAUCGACGCCACCAAGAAGGGUGGCAUUGCAAGGUUCAUCAACCACAGCUGCAUGCCCAAUUGCACGGCCAAGAUUAUCAAGGUGGAAGGCAGCAAGCGGAUUGUGAUCUAUGCCCUCCGGGAUAUUGCGCAGAACGAAGAGUUGACAUACGACUACAAGUUUGAACGUGAGCUUGGCAGCACCGACCGCAUCCCCUGCCUAUGCGGGACGGCCGCGUGUAAGGGCUUCCUCAACUGA